UCCUCAAAGCCUAAAGUGAGCAUCCCUCUGUCAGCCAUCGUGGAGGUGAGGACCACCAUGCCGCUGGAGAUGCCUGACAAAGACAACACCUUCGUUCUUAAGGUGGAAAAUGGGGGAGAGUACAUCCUGGAAACCAUUGACUCGCUGCAGAAAAACUCCUGGGUUGCUGACAUUCAGGACUGCACAGACCCGGGGGACAGCGGCGAUGACAUCGAGCUGGCGUCGUGUCCUCAUGGUCAGGCCUCCAAAGACUGCUCCAUGGUGGCCUCCUGCAGCUGUGAGCUGCUGUCUGAGGGGGUGUAUCGAGCUCCAGAGAGGUCGUGCCCUACAGCAGCAGAGCAUUACAGUGCCCCCUCAGUCCGCAGCAGGGAACCCCCCUUCACCCAGCACCCAUCUCACAUGCCUUUGGAGCGCUUCCUCCAGUCUCCCGAGGCUCAGGCCUCCAACUCUUCUGCAGGUGGCAGUGAAGGUGCAAAAGACUCGGAUGGCGAUGCCAGCCUGGCAGGUUACCCAUGGUUCCACGGUACGCUGUCUCGCGUGCGUGCAGCUCAGCUGGUACUUGCGGGCGGGACCAGGAGCCACGGGCUCUUUGUGAUUCGCCAGAGCGAGACAAGGCCGGGCGAAUACGUCCUCACCUUCAACUUCCAGGGUAAAGCCAAGCAUUUGCGCUUGUCGGUGAAUGAGAACGGGCAGUGCCACGUCCACCACCUGUGGUUCCACACUGUGUCGGACAUGUUGAGACACUUCCACGCCCACCCAAUCCCCCUCGAGUCUGGGGGCUCAGCUGACAUCACAUUACGCUCUUAUGUGCAGGUGCAGCGAAGCUCCACCACAG